AUGCUGAGCGCUUCCUCCUCCAACAACCACUCACUGUUUUCUUUCGGCCGGAAUGGAGGAAAUGGUGACUUGACCGAUUCCACGACGGGCUCCUUUGACUUCCUGCCCUCGGUCAGCUUCGACGACCUACAAAGCAGCCUUGAGUCCGCCUCUACCGAGUUCAAACUGACCCAGUUUCCCUCGCCCACCGGACAAGGCUCCAUCCUCGACGACAAGCCUUUGGUCGACAGGAUGGCGGGUCAGCAGCCUAACGUCACUCACAAUGGGAGCACCACGCGUGUCGCCAUACAGCCCAAUCCCACCCCCAACACGGCCGCGGCUGGAGGCAGACCUACGAGGUCGGGGUCCAUACUGAGGAGGCCGAGCACGUCCAAUAGGCAGGCUAGCCUAGGGUCCAACGCGUCGGCGCCUUCCUCAACUAUUAUGGAUGCGCCAACUGCGCCGGCUGCCAUGAGGAAUCGUCGCCAGAGCCACUACCCGCCAGUGUCUAAUGCCGCCGUUGGGAAGCCGCCGAGGAAGUCGAUUGGGCCCGGCGUAAUCGAUUUCGACCAUGGAACCCGCAUGGCUCAGAAGCGGCGUCCUAGUUUGAUAUCGAACUCCGACAAAGACACCAGCGCCCGCACGUCGGUAGAGAUUUUUGGCAACGGUGGUGACACGACGAGGGGCCUUACAGCAUCCCGAGCGACAAAGGCGAGAUCGGUCCAACCUCCCCCAAGAAUAUCCGCCACCAACUUCUCCGCUAGCACCAGCAGUAACAGUAGCCAGCUCACUCCCGAUGGCGGCCGGAAGUCGAUAGUCUUCCCACGAUCUCCGAGGACUGGUGCGGGCGCCGGUGGGACACCCGGAUCCGGCAGGAGAGCAUCCGUCAUGCCUGGUGGUCACUCUUCUCAUGUUUCCGGUCUGGGCGCAAGGACUAUUUCUCCCACCGACGCACAGAGGAUGAAACGUAUGUCGAUGCACCAGUCUCAGAGCCUAGCUCAGGUCGCCAACUCUCAGCCCGCAACUUCUGAGCCACGGCCUACUUCACGUUCGCCUUCCAUGAUCCCGCGCAAGACGUCCACCCCUUCCUCGUCGAGAACCACGCCUGAUCCCAACAGGAAAUCGUACAGCUCUGGACUCUCUGUGGGCUCCACGACGAGCUUCAAUACACACCGAACCUCAACUGGAUCAAUACAACGCGGGCUUGCACAGAGCUCGGCACCCUCAUCACGGUUACCUGCUCCCAAAGCCAACCCCACGCACGGCACCCAGCCGGCUGCGGAGGAGGAGGAAGAUGUGCCCCCAGUGCCAGCCAUCCCCAAGGCAUAUGAAUCACCUAAAGAUUCGCCAGCUGAACUAGCCUUUAUCGAGAGGAAGAAAUCUAGCCAUGCUUUUGAUGCGAGUAGUAUUCACAGCAACUCUACUGGGACCCUGUCAAAUGCGCCUUCAUUUGAACCAAUUUCGCAAGUACAGAGGAAACCAAGUACUCGAAAAUCAAGAGCGACCUUGGGCCCUUCCGAAUUCGAAAAAAGGGCAAUAGUUCCCACUCAGCCGAAAAAGAACCUCGCACCAUUGAGAUUACCGCCUAUCAGCUUAGGGCCCUUGAGCACACCAACAGCAGCAAAGAUCUCAGCGCUGAAAGACCAAGGAAAUGAUGCCGGAAAGGUGACUCCGCCCCCUAGCAGGGUCACCGCGAAGACACCUACCACACCCUUGACUGCGUCGAAGAGCACGUUCUUCUCCCGCGGCCACAAGGACAGGGAUCCAGAGAAACCCAGCCUGCGGAGUAGCAGCUCUGUCCAUCACAGUCGGCUCGAAAGCUCAGACGAUAUACACACGAGAAGCUCCUCUGACUCAGUGCCAGAGAUCCCCGGUAAACCCUCCGUCUCCCCCUUUCUCUCUUCGUCGGUUCCCAAGAGUGAGAGCUCCUUUGGCGCGAAUCUUGCCAGGGCCAAAACCAGCGGAGAUAUGAACAAGACACUGCCUGUAGACGUUGGCACCAGCGCCGAGACCAGGCCACCACAGAAGCCCACGGGUCCUCGUGCCCAGAAGUUGACGAAACCGGCCGCCAAAUCACCACCACGGAUAUCAAGCCCAGAAGAACCACAAACACCGUCAUCCAUGACCUCCCUCAGGAGGAAGUUAAGCUUGUCGUGGAAACGGAGCACCUCAAAGAGCAGCAAUCAUCCCACCAACGGCUCUGUCGAUCAUGGUUCGGGGCAUGCUCGGCAAGACAGCAUGCCACCGCCUCGCAUUCCCAUCUCAGCAACCCUCGGAUCGAUGAAGGCCCCAAGCCCCAGUGUUGUCACGAAGUCUUCCGGCAACUACCUGGAAUCUAGAAGGAGAAAGAGCUCUGCCUCGAGCCUCAACACGAUCAUGGCACAAGAAAAGUCCAAGGCUGGGCUUCAGUCAAGUAAGAAGUCGUCACUCGAUGCCGGCAACAGCUUAGCAGUCGAGCCCUCGACCGGAUCGCGAUCGUCGUCUAUGCAGAGAAUACUGCGGCCGCGACCAUCUACAGCGUCAAUCAAGCAAGACCUAUUCAGUGCGGAGCUGGACAAGGACGACCUUGUAGCGGAAGACGAGAUGCGGAAGCUUGCUUCAAGAAGGAAAGAGACCGAAAUGGCAGCAAGGACCCUGGAUGCUUUGCGCAAAAGAGCCACGCCAAAGGAGCGAGUCAGCCCCCAAGAAGCCAUCAGGAUUGCCAUGCUGAAUAUAUACGAACGAGGGGAAAUUGUGGAUUAUAGCGAUGUGUACUUCUGCGGCACGCAAAACGCCGCCAAGGUGGUUGGCGAUUUGAAAUCCAGUGCCCCAAACUUCGGCUAUGACGAUGAUCGUGGCGACUAUUCGAUCAUUGUUGGCGAUCACCUAGCUUUUCGCUACGAAAUUGUCGAUAUUCUAGGGAAGGGAAGUUUUGGCCAAGUUGUCAGAUGCAUUGACCACAAGACCGGUGUUCUGGUUGCCGUCAAGAUUAUUCGAAACAAGAAAAGAUUCCAUCAACAAGCCUUGGUCGAGGUCAACAUUCUCCAGAAGAUCCGGGACUGGGAUCCGAAGAACAGGCAUAGUAUGGUUAACUUCACUCACAGCUUCUACUUCCGAGGACAUCUGUGUAUCUCAACCGAGCUCUUGGAUAUGAACCUUUAUGAGUUCAUAAAAUCGAACUCAUUCCGUGGCUUCUCUCUGAAGCUGAUUCGCCGUUUCACAAAGCAAAUGCUCAGUUCCCUCAACUUGCUCAAGCAACACAAAGUCAUCCAUUGCGACUUGAAACCGGAGAACAUCUUACUCAGGCACCCUAUGCAUUCCGAAAUCAAGGUCAUUGAUUUUGGUUCGAGCUGUUUCGAGAACGAGAAGGUAUAUACGUAUAUCCAGUCGCGGUUUUAUCGAUCGCCUGAAGUCAUACUCGGUAUGACAUACGGAUUGCCUAUCGAUAUGUGGAGCAUAGGCUGCAUCUUGGCUGAACUGUAUACCGGAGUUCCAAUCUUCCCUGGUGAAAACGAACAAGAACAACUAGCUUGUAUCAUGGAAGUAUUUGGACCUCCCGAGAAGCACUUGAUUGAGAAGAGCACCAGGAAGAAGCUCUUCUUUGACUCGAUGGGCAAGCCUCGCCUGACAGUCUCUAGUAAGGGCCGCCGGCGGCGGCCUUCGUCAAAGACACUUCAGCAGGCUUUGAAGUGCGACGACGAGCCGUUCUUGGAUUUCAUCGCUCGUUGUUUGAGAUGGGAUCCAGACCGGCGAAUCAAGCCGGAGGAGGCCAUUCGGCACGAGUUCAUUACUGGCCAGAAGACCUCCGUACCUGUUCCCCGUACAGCAAUCAGGGACGCGUCUCCAAUGAAGCGACACAACACAAUAUCGGCGCCUCGACCGCUUCCCGACCCCCCUGGAGUCAACAAGCCAAUGAAUCCACGGACGGGCGCGUCUCCCCAUAAGCCCACUCCGCCCAUUACCACACGGCGGGCGUCCGGGAUCACGGGUCCAUUCACGUCCGCUGGGAUCAAGCGAACAAGCACUGGUCAAAGUGGGAUAUCCGGCACGACCCUAAGCGGCAGCAAUCUUCCCCGCGUAGCUGGUCGCAGUGUUAGUGGCAAGCAGGACCUCGCUUCAGCUGGUGCUACUGCCGCCAUGAGCCGACGGGCUUGA